AUGGAUGCUUUUGAGGGAAUUCACAGCGUCCAGAUUUCCUCCUCUCCACCGUCUUCCAAAUCAUCCAGCCCUGGAUAUGAAGUCCUCAAAGCAGGGAGAUCUGGAAUAGCAGUAUAUUCCUCUACAGUGUUUUUUGGCACAUCUGAUGUCCUGGGACAGCCGGCUGCCAGACACAAGUGCAGCAGGGAAACUAAGGAGGAAGGCUGUGUUGUUGGACGGUUGGUAGAUCUGGAUCCAGAGCCAAACUCCAGAGUGGAGGGAGGAGGCCAAGACGGGCCCACCUCGGGCAAGGACCAUGGCGACCUCUCCCGGCUUCGUAGCUCCUCGCUGGAGAUCCGAGAAAAAGAAAUUCGAGAAAAGGGCUCGGAGAUCCUCAGGGAACAGCUGGAUGCUGCAAAGAGGGAACUGAAACUAAAGGACAAAGAGUGUGAGCGUCUGUCGCAGGUCAGGAAUCAGCUGGAGCAGGAGCUGGAGGAGCUCACUGCCAGUCUGUUUGAGGAAGCUCACAAGAUGGUGCAUGAAGCGAACGUCAAACAAGCAGCAGCGGAGAAACAGCUGAAGGAGGCUCAGGGAAAGAUUGAUGUUCUGCAGGCAGAGGUGACGGCGCUCAAGACGCUGGUGUUGACAUCAACACCUUCUUCACCAAACCGCCAGCUGCAUCCACAGCUGCAGACUUCAGGAACCAGGGGAGCGCACAAACAUGUCGGGGGCCACGUCCGCAACAAGAGUGCCAGCGGUGGCUUUCCAUCCCCACCUGGAAAACCAGAGCCCUCCUCGGUUUCCAUUCAGCCUGCGACCAAAGAGGACCGAGAGAUGGACUCCGUUCUGUAUGCAGAGUUUUUGAUGUGGAAGGAGAAUCCGAGUGUAGAGCGCUCCUCCGCCUUCUUGAGUCGCAUCUACAGAGAAGACAUCGGGCCCUGCCUCUCCUUCACAAGAUCUGAGCUGUCGCAGCUGGUGCAGAGCGCAGUGGAAAACAACUCUUUGACUAUCGAGCCUGUGGCCAUGUCAGCGUUACCAAUGGUUAAAGCCUCGGCUAUCGAGUGUGGUGGCCCAAAUGGCUUUAGGGCAGCAAUAGAGACAAAAUGCGCAUUAAGCGGCAUGUCACGCCUCUGCAGGCAUCGCAUUAAACUUGGUGACAAGGGGAGCUACUAUUACAUCUCUCCUUCCAGCCGAGCACGGAUCACAGCUGUUUGCAACUUUUUUACUUACAUCCGCUACAUCCAGCAGGGCCUGGUGAGACACGAUGCGGAGCAGAUGUUCUGGGAGGUGAUGCGUCUGCGCAGAGAGAUGACUGUGGCCAAGUUAGGCUUCUACCUCACUGACCAGGGCUAGAGGACCUGACAGUCCACUGAAACCCCCAACAGGACGAUGGAUCCCAGCACCUUAAUUAUGUAAGGUCAGGGUUAAACUGUGGUAACAAACAGGUCUUGGAUCAGUUUUGUAGCAGAGGUUUUACAGCAGUUGUGCUGCAGCAGAGCUCAAUCAACAAGGGAAGCAGAAAAUGUUCCACUUUAUGCAAUAAGUUAAACCAGCACAGCUAGAAAGAAGAAAAAACAACAUGAUUUUAAAGAUAGUGUUGUUCCCAGAUAUGUAAAAUAUAUUUUUCCGUUAUACGGCCGGCCUCCGGUAUUUCUCCACUGUAAGGAGAAUUGUUUCUGUUUCUGAACCUCCCCGGUGGAGAAAACACAACCUCUCAUGUUAAUACAAAUAGACAACUAUGUAUCACGUUCCAGACAUUAGUCUUUUAAAGAUGAGCACAGUGCAUGAAAGCAGUGUAGAGAGUGUAGUUGGUCUCUUACCUCAAGUACUACAUACUUAUAUACACUAUGUAAUGUAAUAGUUCUACUGUUAGAGCUAUAAUAUUCAUCACUUUUACAUAAUGCUCACAAGCAUCUAUUUUAAGAAAUGCUUCACACAUAAAAUGACCAUUUAUAUAUUAAUUACUCAUUGUGUGUUUAAUCUUGAAUUUAGGGAGAAAACAUUUUUCUUGCGUGCCUCAGCAAUGAAUGGAGAAUCUAAGAAAGGCGAACAUUAUUCAUGAAUUGAAGUAAACAGGGAAAACUCAGUUAUCCAGUUGUAUGCUCAGUACUUCCCAAACACAAGCUUUUCACUCAAACAAAAGAGCGUAGUAGUUUGCUUGGGCACGCAUGUGCAUUUUAAUGCUGUGCAACAACAUUUUUUGCGUUGUGUUACUCGCUUGUGGACGGCCGCUGGAGUAUUUUGGAGCAUUUUCAGUUAGUGAAAUACAUGCAGGCUCAGUGUCCUGAAGCAGAGUGAACCAAGACAACUUAUCAGACUGUCACGGCAGCACAUUACACGCCCUCCGCUGUUUACUUUCCACAGUAAAAGAGCAAGACCAACUUUUUAUUCAGAGCAUUUUUUUUAACAAGCAACUUAACAAAAAUAGCUUUCACUAGGUACAGGCAUAUUUUCAAAACUUACCAUGUAACUUUAUAAGCUUUGCUCACUGAUCUCUGAGCCUGAUCCGUAUUUGUUCUGUCUCUGUACAGAACUGACGCUGAGUGCAGCUCAGUGUGUCCACAGACAGCGACAUUGUUCGUCCUUCAUUUCUGAAUAUCAGUAACAUCAUCAGAAUCUCAUCUAGAUCUUAACACUGAUAGGCUAUCGCAACACAGCGUCAUGCAAAAUUGUCCCUCCAGUUGAAAAAUUGCGUGAUGGCGCGAAGAUGCGUAAUAUGUAUUUUCACGUCCAUCGCGGUGCAUUCACCACAUCCAUCACGCUGCCUGGCAUGAAUUUGCGUCUGUUUGCGUCUUUGCAUUGACUUUGUAUGUAAACUCAAUGUGCAAAAUGCUGUCAACGUGUUCAGUGUGAACCCACCAUAACCCUGCUCAAGCAGCGCUCAUAGGCACGUGCUGCUUGUAGGCAAAAGUGUUUUAAAUGGUAAGGUUUCAGUUAAAAUGCAUGUGAUUAAAAACUACUGAGCACACGACUGGAUCAAUGAGACUUGGAGUUUACUGCACGAGCUGUGUGAGACUUUGUAUAUGGAUGUUUUGAUACAGUUUAAUUGUUGUUUAACACAAUCCCCAUAUACAUCAAUUCAUCAAGUAUUCUUAGUUUUUGGAUUUUCUGUGGAGGCAUGCCAGAAAAACAAAGUUUUCUUCAUAAAGUCAAGGUAACACAAAGUGGCAAACUCCAUUACUGAAAAAGGAUGCCAAGAUGGAGUACCAAAAACUGCAGACCCUCUAAUGUCCUCUUCACUCAGUCACCAUAGACCCCGAUGUUAAAAUGUCCCAACUUUAAAGCAGAAAUGAACAUGUUUACAGCCUGGCACAAAAACUUUGGUCUUUAGUUAAUUUCAACUUUAAUGACAACGUCACAGGACUUUCCCCUUCAUGACUGUAAACUCACCUUUUUACAUUUUGGUAAUGCUACACUUUGUACACUUUGAGUGACAGGCUGUCUGCCAUAGUGUUCUCUACAUCUCAAUCAGACUGUUCCCUCGCUCCUCCAUCCCCUAGUCCAAACAUGGUCACUUGUGGACCAAAAAAACGAAGAUGGUGAUGUCUGAAAUGCGGAACUCAAGGCUUCAAAAUAGCACUUCACAAACGUCACUAUCUAUGGGUAACAGGCAGUGAGUAAUUAAUGUAUCAAUCGUCAUGUUGUGGGUGAAGCAUUUUUUUCAGUUUUUUUAUUCAAACACAGGAGGCUUUUUGUCUCGGCAUGGCCUUAAUUUUGUUGAUGCACUCUUGCACUUCUACCUGUUCUAGAUGCCUUGUAUAAACACACAAAUGAAACAGCCACAGCCUGUUGCAAAAGCUUCAUGUUAGUCUGGCCUGUACUUCAUAAUCAGAAAAAUUAUUGAUGACUUAGUUAUGAAACCUCUAAGCUCAAAACAGUGACAGUUUUACAAUAUAGACAGAAAACAAACAAGCUUUAAUCCAAGUGAAUGCAAUAUGCACAACGGUAGCUUUGCACGUCUGCAAUGAAGAGUAUAUACAUACAGUAAAAGCCAUAAAUGACUUUGCAUGAAUGCAACACAUAGCCAUAUUAUGUAAUGUAUAUUGGUUGUACCUCAUAAUAUAGAUUUAUUAUUAUGAAAAGACAAUUUGUUUCAGAAAACGGUCUGUUGAAGGUAAAAAUGAAGAAUAUUGUGUCAGAAAGUGCAAUAACUGCUUCUUAGCCUUCGGUAGGGCUUUGAGGUUCAAACCUCAGUGUACUGGUCUUUAAAACACUCCAUUAAAGACGAGGCAUUGUAGCCUCACAACACCA